GCCAAGUACGUUAGUUAUAGUCACAAGGCCCUGUAAAAUACAUAAAAAAUAAAGCUUGCCUCUCCCAAGUUUUCAUGUAUUUUUAUAAAGUGUAAGAUCCGAAGUCUUUGUAUAUGUAAACAUUUCGGCGGAUCCAAGCGUCUUAUGCUGCUAUAUAAUAUCCGAACCUUUGACGUAUCCCGGAAAACGAGCGUUUUUCUCCACUUUUCACAUGGUUUUGGGGAAAAUUCGAUGUGGCCACAAGCAUCGGCCACGAAAAUAUUUUAACUAGAAAUUCUUGAACAUAAAAAGAGUUGAUUUAAACAGGUUUCAUUUUGGCCGUGGGCUGUGGCCACAGUGAAUUUUUGAAAUUUCUAAUGUUCAGUCGUCUGUUUUACCAUGUUUCUGUGACGUAUUUUUCAUCACCGGUGACGUACAGUCCCCAGUCUGCAGUACCUGCAGUGUAAAUCUACAUUCGAUCGGCGCUGUGUAGUAGAGAAUAUUUAGAGAAAAAUGUAGCAUCUAAAGGAAAAAUGCCAGGUUGUGGACCAAAAUUUUAUCCUUGCAUACUUUGCAAAAAAAGGACAAAGCCUAGUGAAAGACGGCCUGUGAAUAAAAGCACAAGAAAGAUUCUAAGAAAAUACUUUAUGACUGAGUGCAAAGAUGGUGUAUUAUGCAGAAAAUGUAGAAACAAAUGCGAUACAUUAAAAGGAACACCGCAAGAGAAGUCAUUGGGACCAUCCUCAGCAUCCUGCACCACCCCCAUACAAAGCCCUGCUGGACGAAGUACAUGUACUAUGAAGAGUCCACCCUCUGUGACUUUACCUUUACAAAGCACAGUAAACAGUCAUGCAUACUGUGUUUUGUGUAGAAGACCUGGUCCAAAGCUUGUUGUGGUCUCCACACAAGCAAGGUUUAAUUUUUUCCUGGAGCAGAACAUUCUAAUACCUGCAGGUUCUCGUUGUUGUCCAGCGCACAUACUGAAUGACGUCGUAAACACCAAGACUAUAGAGAACCCAAUACCACCAAAGGACACAAGUUUUGUCAACAGAUCUACAAUUAUGGAGCUUGUUGAACAACUCAGAGAAGAACUAUUAAUAAGAGGAUCAAAGAGAUUAGACUUUGAUGACCCUUCAUCUUUAUCAGAAAGUGACUAUUUUACUCUCACUGGACUUGGAAAAAAAGAAUUUGAUGAUCUGUUAUCUUAUGUGGAAGCUGGAGACGUUAGGUCAUCUAAAUCAAGGAGCGUUAGAACUUGUUUAGCGAUUUUUCUGACCAAAUUGAGGACAGCUAUAGAUAACAACAUGCUUGGAGUUUUGUUCAACAUGACUAAACCACAGAUAAGAAGAGCUGUAUCCACUAUGAGACAAGCAGUUAGCAUCUACUUUGUCCCAAAUCACCUUGGUUUCAAUCAUAUCAGCAGGGAUACUGUUAUCCAUGACCAUACCAGACCCCUUGCCAAAGAACUGUUCUCUCCUACCCUCAACCAGGCCAUAUUAGUGCUGGAUGGAACAUAUAUAUAUGUUCAAAAAAGUUCACAGUUUUCCUUUCAAAGGCGGUCAUACAGUUUGCAAAAACAAAGGCAUCUACUGAAACCAAUGAUGAUUGUCACAACCACAGGUUAUAUCGUAGCUGCCAUUGGACCAUAUUUAGCUGACGGAAAGAAUUCUGAUGCAAACAUUUUGAAACACAUUAUUGGUACAGACACUCAAGAAAUUAAGACUUGGCUCCAGGAGGAUGAUAUCAUGAUAGUGGAUAGGGGUUUUAGGGAUUCUGCAGGUGUUUUAGAAAAUCUGGGAAUUCAUAUGGAGAUGCCUUCUUUUUUACAAAAAGGCCAGAGGCAACACUCCACAGAGGAUGCCAAUAGCUCUCGUAUGAUCACAAAGAUACGAUGGGUGGUAGAAUCGGUGAAUGCCAGAAUUAAGACGUGGCGGUACUUGGCAAGACAACUCCCUAAUUCCCAGAUCCCAUAUGUUGGUGACUAUGUGCGAAUUAUAAGUGCAAUCUGCAACAAAUACAGGCCCCCUCUAAGCAGUGGAGAAGAGAAUGAUUUCCAAAUAGCAACGAAGAUGCGGUACCUCUCUACCCAGACAAAUCGACUGCAGACAGAAGUAGAGUCAGAAAAUCUAGUGAAGAAGCGAUAUAAUUGGAGGAAGAUUGAUGAUGAGGAGAACACCAUUACUGACUUUCCAAAGUAUACAGAGGAAGAAAUUCGGGAAUUGACUCUUGGUGUGUAUCAAAUUAAAUUGGCAAAAUUUUACACCCAGGAACAUGUGAACCAGGAUGGAUUUGAGAUAUGGGUUGAUCAGUUCAAACCAGGCCUCCUUGCUGCCAAGAUCCAAAGUAGACAUAUCUCAAGCAAAUGCUAUCUGUGCUGGAUUAGGUUUGAGGAUGGUGUCGUGACCUCUUGGUAUUGUCGUUGUAAGUCAGGAGCGCAAGUAGUUGGAAUUUGUGCACACAUUGCAAGUGUUAUUUGGUACUUGUCCUUUGCUAGAUACUCUGAUGUGAUCAACCUUGAAUUAGGCAAAAACUGGCUAGACAAUGUAUGUGAUGCAGCGGACAUUCCAGAGAUAGUUGACGAAAGCGACAGUGAAACCGAAGCCACUGAGGAAUAAAGACAAGAAAGCUUCAACUUAUUGAUUGUAUAUUUUCAAAUUAUGGUUAUUCAUUUAUAUUGACAGGUGAUUAUUGGAACUUUUUCUUGUGUCCCUAACCCUUAUCAAAAUGUAUAAAAAAGUUAAUAAUUUUAUAUAUAGUUCUUUAAACAGUGUGAGUGUUAUGUCCAGUGUGGUUAUAGGCAUGUGAUCUCCUUUUUUCAGAUAUUUUUGUUUAUAGUUUUUAUAUAGUUAACUAAAUAUCUAAUUAUUUUAAAUCUUCAGAGCCAAAAAAUACAUA